AUGAAACUUUACGGCGGUGCUGUUUCAGUCGACUUGCCACCAGCUGUCGAUGUCCUGAAGUUCCGCCAGGUGCCGGACACUCAGGAAGUGUUUAUAUUUGAAGGCGAAACAAAAGAUACUGAUGUAAAUAUAAUCUUUGACCUUUUGGAGAUGGUGCCCGAGAAAAUUGAAAAUGCCAUCAAGGUCCAUGUUUCCGAUAUAUUGGACCAUGUGGACACCAUUGAGACCAUGGAAUCGACUGGCGAUGUCCAUUUGUUUCUUGUGGCAUCACAACAAAACAAACUUCUUACGAUUGUGGGACUCAUUAGACUCUCCAAAGUAGAGACCGAUGUGUUGGUUACUAUGAAUAUUCCGCUCACAAGUAGCGAACAAGAAAAACUAGAGCAAAGCAAUGUUAAAGAAUUGGUCACAGGUCACAUUAAAAAUCAUUAUGUCACUAUAAAGCAAGCAUGCAAAAGCUUCAAGGUUGAAGAUUGGGGAUUAUUCGGUUCAUAA